AUGGCACCAGUCAGUAUUCCAGCCUCUCCUGAGGAGAUGCGCCACCGAAAGAUGGUCAAGCGGGGCUUGAAGUUGUGCUUUAUGGUUUGCGGAGAGCGUGGCACAGGGAAAUCCACGUUUAUCAAUACCCUUUGUGACCAGGUAAUUGAACCCCCCCUCUCAGAAGGUACACAUGGUAGCUGGGAGAGUCCGGGGUUGGAAAUCUAUACCCAGAUUGUGGAUGUAGUGGAGAAAGGGUCAACUCCAAUCUCGCUUCAGAUCGUGCGCACUCCUGGGUUGGGAGAUAAUUUAGACAAUACCGAAUGUCCAACAAAAAUUUUGGAGUACCUUGAACGCCAGUUUGAUGACAUUCUCAGCGAGGAAUGUCGCAUCCGGCGCAAUCCGCGAUCUCUUGACAACCGAGUGCACGUGGUUCUUUACUUCAUCAGACCAACAGGUAAGGGCCUCCGGGAAAUUGAUAUUCUCACCAUGAAGGUGCUUUCAAAAAGCGCUAACGUCAUUCCCCUUCUUAGCAAGGCCGAUUUGCUUACAGAUGAGGAGUUGAAACUCAACAAGGUUCAUGCCAUGCAAGACAUUGCUACCCAUGGAAUUCCAAUCUACGACUUUGCAAGCGAUAUUGACGAUGCAGAUUCGUUCGAAGAGGCCAGAGAGCUCCAGAGCUUACUCCCAUUUGCAAUUGUUUCAAGUAAAACAAAAAGGGUGAUUGAUGGAAAAGAGUACCACGUACGGGAGUAUCCCUGGGGAACUGUAAAAGUCGAGGAUCCAAGUCAGAGUGACUUCGUGGCCCUUAAAACAGUCUUGUUUGGAUCGCAUAUGCAAGAAUUUAAAGAUGUGACUCACUCGUACCUCUACGAGAAAUAUCGUACCAACAAGUUGUCCACAGGAGGAGGCGUCCCCUCCGUGAAAGCUGAUAACCCCAAGACGGGUGACAUCUAG